AGCACUAUGGCUGCCACGCAGAUGAAGUGUCACUGCAGAAGAAGAAGGACACAAAUCUGAGCCCGGAGCCGCUGAGCAGCAGGACCCGAGCUGAGCGAACUCUCAAAACAUGGCGUUCACAUUCGCGGCCUUUUGUUACAUGUUGGCUCUGCUGCUCACAGCGGCUCUCAUCUUCUUCGCUAUCUGGCACAUAAUAGCAUUUGAUGAGCUGAAGACUGAUUACAAGAAUCCCAUAGAUCAGUGUAACACUUUAAAUCCGCUCGUCCUCCCAGAGUAUCUCAUCCACUUCUUCUUCUGCGUGAUGUUCUUCUGCGCUGCCGAGUGGCUCACCCUCUGUCUCAACCUGCCGCUGCUAGCUUACCAUGUGUGGAGGUAUAUGAGCAGACCUGUGAUGAGCUGUCCAGGUCUCUACGACCCCACGACCAUCAUGAACGCUGACAUCCUGGCGUUCUGUCAAAAAGAAGGCUGGUGCAAACUGGCGUUCUACCUCCUGUCCUUCUUCUACUACCUUUACGGGAUGAUUUAUGUUCUGGUGAGCUCUUAAAGUGAGCGCUGGAGGAGGAGCAUGUACAGAAAACGACCACGAUGAUGUGAGUGCUGGAACACGCCGGAGAAGACGCCAUUUCUAACAGAUGAACUCUCGACCCCCCCCACACACACACACACACACACACACACACACACACACACACACACACACAGAGCGUGUUAUCCUGUUUUAACCUCUCGGCCUCAGCGUUCCUCUCAUCGCUCUUGUCGACCUUUUUAUGGAAGACGAAUCUGAACGGGCAUCUUUGGUUUUUUUUCAUUCUUUGGGAUUUAAAUAAAGUUUUUUUCCAGCCUGAGUGUUGACAGGUUAGCUAAGACUUCUUUAGAUGUUUCUGUCGUUCAGACUCUGUCCGCUUUAUACCCGCCACGUGUUCAGACGAGAGGCGCGGGGACAAUCACGUGUUUUUAUCAUCGUGUGUGUGUGUGCGUGUGUGCGUGUGCCAUCGAUGACCUGAACGGUGAAGACGUAACGAGAGUUUGUAGAAAACGUGUUUGAAAGUGUUUUUAUUUAUUCUGUUUCUCUGAUCGCUCGUCGUCGUAGCUCGUCGUCCCGUCGCUCUGAUUCUUGUUUUUUAGUUUGUCAUCGGGGAACGAGACGCUCGGUUUUAGAAUCAUGAAGAAACAACUUUGUUUGAUCUGAAUAAAGAUUUCCCACUCUG